AUGACGGGAUCGAUCCCGCGAUCGGUCGUCUGCUUUGCAUUGCUCUAUUCGGCGCUACAUCUGAUAAUCCACGCCGUGGCCGAGGUUGAGGGUGACCAAAUUGAAGUUGGGCUGCCCGUUACGCCACACGAAGCCGACGCCCUAACCCCCGAGGAGCGAUGUGAAGCAUGCCAAAUUGUCCUCCGCACCGUCUACGGCCAUUUUGGUAGACAGGUGCCCAGUCGACGUAAAUUGGCCCAUCAGCUGCGCCACGAGUGCAAUCGGCACUAUCAGUACCGCAAAAAGUGCAUCCUGUUCACGCGGCUGAACACGGAGACGAUCUUUCGCGAGAUGGCCAACGCCGACUUCAAGCCGAUCAAGCCGUGUACACUGUUGAAGGAAUGCAAACGUCUCCAAUCCCCAAUCGUGGAGGGAGCCGAAUUCCCGUCGGAGAACGCGACUCUGCAGCCAACAUCACCCCCGGCACCCCCCGCCGACACGACCCCGGCGGUGACGCUCGCAAAG